UUUACUGCCUUCAGAUCCAGUUACAUACACGAGCACGUGAACGCAUCACUGGGUCACCGUGCCUGUGUUUGUGUCUCCGCCCGGACUCUCUGAGGUCUGACGGACAGAGUUAACCACAGCAGAGCACAGGACGACACACGGCGCACACACGGGACAAGUAACUGUCAGCCAACAUGAAGGACAACAGUCUGCAGCGAAUCUUUGUCAUUGUCUUGUGCACGGCGGUCUUUGUCGCCGUUUUAGUCGUCAACGCUUUGGCCGGAGCGGGAAGAGGUCCCUUCCAUUCCUCUACAGGUAAUGUGUCGGCCCGCCAUGAGACCGACAUCACUCCAGCCGGCUGGACCUUCUCUAUCUGGGGUGUGAUCUAUACCUGGCUCACCCUGAUGGUCAUGUACAUCACUACAUAUGUGUUCAGAGGAUCCUGGGCUCAGUAUCUGCUGCCCCUCGGCUUCUAUUUCUGCUGGCUGUCCAACAUGGUGCUGAACAUGAUAUGGCUGCUGCUGUGGGACAGAGAGUCGAUGGUGGCCGCUCUGGUUGUCGUGGUCAUGAUGGUGUUUUCCAGCUACAGUGCUCUGUUCUUCUGUUGCUAUGCCACUGAUUACUAUGGACUCUGGUUACAGACGUACCAUCGCAAAGACCUCAUCUGUCUCAGGAUACUGGUGCAGAACGGCUUGGCUCUUUACACCACGUGGCUCUCCAUUGCCUCUCUCAUCAACUUCUCAUUGGUUCUUAACCUGUGGGGUGUGGACCGCCACACCGCGGCAACAGCCUCACUCUGCAUCCUGUUUGGAGAGGUGCUGGGAUGGUUCAUUGUUGAGAACUGGGUUCUGGACCGCUGGGUGCGUAACAUCCUGACAGUCUACCCUGUGGUGAUCGUGGCUCUGGUCGGAAACAUCGCCAGACAUUAUCACGCAGCUGAUCCGACCACCAACUCUGUGUUUAUGAUCAUACUGCUGGUGUUGGCGUGUGUCCUGCUGAUUUUCCGAGUCUGUAGCGUGUGCUGGAGAAACAGCAGGCGGCCUCUUCACUCUCCGGGCUCAGCGCGGCUCAUGAUCUCACCCCUCGAUGGCAGCAAAUUCAAGAUCUUUUCUUAAACAGGAGCACCUUGUACAGAAGCUGGUGCCUCGCUGCAGCCUUUCAGCUCUCAGCCCAGACUAUUUUAUGUACGUGUUCACGCAAGAUGCUGCAAUGCCACUUUUAGGCAGUUUUUUUUACGCUUGUGAAGGUGUUUAUCUACACAUGAAUUUGCAUCAAUAUAAAUAAGAACUAUUUCUUUCAAUGGAUUGUUUGAAAUUGGCUUGAAACGGGGGGGGGGGGGGGGGGGGGUCUUUUCUCCUCUGCUCUUAAACUGCCAAUAACCACCACUGUUAAUGAAAUGAAAUACUAAUACACCACUACUGCAUUCUACUACUGUUUCCACUGCCUGCCAUUAAUCUAGUCUAUAUAGAAGAAAGUAGUUUUUAUAUACAUGGAUGCAUGCAUGUGAUGAUCAUGUUUUGUAGUGCAUGGAGUAAAUGAAGAAUCAUGUUUGUUGGAUUAAUUCUGAAUUUCCAAUUAAAGCAUUUUUUCACGUCACA